UCACUCGGUUGCUUGCACUCGCUUUCCCUUUAUUUCUCUCUCUCUCACAAUCAUCGACCUUGCUCCCUGCCGUUACUCCUUUAUCAACAGGGCUCUAUCCUUAUAACCCUAUCCCGGGGAUCACGUAUCUAGCUUCCAUUCCAUCCUUUCUGUUCUGAUCAAAGUCCAAACUGUCCAAGCUGUCCAAACUAGGCUCCGGUCUAGUCUCGUUCAUAUAGUUUAACAAUAACAAAUAACUCUUGAGUCUCGAGUCUUGAAAACAAGCAAGACAGGUCUGAGGUUCUUUCCUUCAUUCAGCAGUCUUGGCAAUCCAUUGAAUCCAAGCUUUAAGGAUACCCGACCACAACCUAACAAUCAUACCAAGACAAUAGCAAAGAACACUGACAGCUUCCUUCCAAAAGCAAAUGAGAAGGUACUGGUAUAACAUGUGGUCACCACCAAAAAUCAACAUGUUCGGUUCGCUCUCAAGGUAGGAUUGAUUGAUCGCGUACGAGCCCUGUCUACAAAACCCAUUUCUUAUCCGCUGCGGUAUUUUUUUCUUUACUUCGUAGUCAGUUCAGUCCUGUUUGCACAUUGCAUCCAUCGGAUUCUCGCCCGUAUUUUUACCCUCAUUCCCCUUUCAAGUUUUUAUUUUCUACCCUCUGGAUUGGACGGAGUCUUCACCGAUCAUCAGAUUUCCCCAUAUCCCACCUUUUUUUGUCUUAAACCGUUAUACCGCUGAUCGAUCUUCAACGUUUUCCAUACAUCGAUAUUUUGUACAUACAUCCCUUAAAUGCAUAAUUGCCGAUGAUAAUAAUUCCCCAGCCCCCGCAGAGUCUUUACUAGAAGCUCUUCAAUUGAUUUACACUUGGAAACCCCAUCUGCGCUACCUUUUUAGAGGUCAAUAAUGAGUUUGCCUCAGGAUCUCGAGAAAGGAACAUUGGCAGAGGAGGAACAUGAUCAGGAACAUGAAAUUGGAACGAAAACAGAAUCUACUGCAUACCAAUCCGACAAUUCGAGAAACCCUUCGCCGAAGGAUGAUGGUUCUGCAGAUGCAUCCAUCGCCGACCGAGAUUCGAAUCUUGAAGCAGUCAAAACAAUGGAUGAAGGCCCCAUCGAUGAUCUCGAGAGACAAAAGACAACCACCGAAUCAAUAAAAGUCGGUCCAUCUUCCCAUCGCGCACAUCCAAAUUCCGACUCGAACGAUAAAACCAGCACGAACUCGAAAUCCUCCAGCGGAUCCAGACUCGCCCGCAUAGCCCAUCGAUCUCAUACUCCGCGCGCCAAACUUCCACCGCGACCUAUUCCAGUCUCCAAUCUCGCAAACGGUAUCGUAGGAUGGGAAAGCCAGACCGAUCCCGAGAUGCCUCUGAAUUUUCCGGAAACGAAGAAAUGGGUGCUGACGGGUUUACUGGCUAGCAUUACUUUUAUAUCUCCGCUCGCUUCCAGUAUGUUUGCGCCCGGUGUAACAUUUGCAGACAAGGAGUUCCAUAAUUCCAGUCUGAUAUUAAGCUCUUUCACCGUGAGUAUCUUUGUCUUGGGAUAUGUCGUUGGGCCAUUAAUACUUGCGCCUUUGUCUGAGAUGUAUGGGAGAAGAUAUGUUCUUACAGGUGGUAAUAUAAUAUUUUGUGUAUGGCAGAUUGGAUGUGCAUUGGCACCUAGCUUGAGUACAUUGAUAGGAUUUCGAUUUAUGGCUGGAUUGGGUGGUUCGGGUUGUUUAACCAUCGGUGCUGGAAUGAUUGCGGAUUUAUUUCAUGCGGAUAGAAGAGGAUUGGCGACUUCACUUUUCAGUCUGGGUCCUUUGUUUGGUCCAGUUAUUGGUCCAAUAGCUGGAGGUUUCGUAGCCCAAAGAAUCGGCUGGCGUUGGGUAUUUUGGAUUCUUUUCAUUGCCGGAACCAUCAUAACUAUCGGCAUCGAAUGUCUCAACGUAGAAACCAACCCACGUCUCCUCAUAAAACGCAAAGUCGCGCGUCUCUCCAAAGAACUCAAUCGAUCUGAUCUCCGCAGCGUAUACGAUCCAAGCAAUUCAGCACAUCAUUCAAACGCUUCUGUUCUAGCAAAUGCCAUGAUUCGACCCCUGAAGAUGUUAGUUUUUAGUCCUAUUGUGUUUAUUCUGAGUUUGUAUAUGGCAGUUGUUUAUGGACUUCUGUAUUUAUUGUUUACUACUAUUACGACGGUUUUUACGGAUAAAUAUCAUUGGGCGCCAGAAUUAGGUGGAUUAGCUUACAUAGGUCUAGGUUUUGGUUUCUUCCUUGGUCUCGUAGUAGUAGCUCGUAUAUCGGACGUUACGGUAGUCCGCAUGACGAAAGCAAAUAAUGGGAUCUUUGAGCCUGAAAUGCGAUUACCGGCUUGUAUAUUUUUUGCUUGCUUUAUACCGAUUAGUUUUUUCUGGUAUGGUUGGAGCAUUCAGGGCGGCGUUCAUUGGAUCGUUCCUAUAAUCGGCCUCAUCCCCUUCGGUUUCGGUAUGAUGGGUAUCUUCAUUCCAAUUCAAACAUACGUCAUCGACAGCUUCCCAUCCUUCGCUGCGUCAGGAAUCGCAGCAUUAACGGUAUCACGGUCGUUAUUCGGAGCAUUUUUGCCACUUGCAGGACCGGCUAUGUAUGCAAAAUUAGGUUACGGGUGGGGAAAUAGUGUUUUGGGAUUCAUUGCACUGGCGUUAAUUCCGGCGCCGAUGAUAAUUUAUAAAUUCGGAGGGAGGGUGAGGAAAAGGUUUCCUGUUAAGCUUUAAGUGGAGAGGAAAGAAAAAGAGGAGGAAAUUAAGGAAACCGAGGUACGAAAAAUAAUAAAGUGUGUGUGUGCGUAUCUGAUAUACAACAAAACGCAAAGCACACAUGACACGACGGAACAAAACAGAAUAGUAAUUCCUCAUGACGGAAAAUCAUGAAAGGAGAUGAAAACGAGAUGAAGCGAAACAUCCAUCAACCUUACAAAAUAACACCCCCCCCCACACAUAAUUUCGAAAAAAUUAGCGAGCAUAAGCGAUGGAGUUAUGAUAUUCAUUGGCGAUUAUUUGGUUAGGAAUUGGGUGUUUAUAUUAGUAUUAUUCUAUGGGUACUUGCUGGUUGGUUCAGGUUCAGGUCGGGAUUGAUUGAUUGGUGUGCUUGGUGCGUUUGGAGGCAACUUACUAUGAAAAUGAGGGAAUUGGAAUUUGGGGGAAUUUGAGUACUUACUGAGUACUUACUAAGUACUUAUUGAGUAUUGAGUAUUGAGUAU